AUGGCUCCCAAAAAGAAGAUUGAGCGCGCCGCAACCGAGAAUGUCUCGCUCGGUCCGCAGGUCCGCGAGGGUGAACUCGUCUUCGGCGUUGCGCGCAUCUUCGCAUCCUUCAACGAUACCUUCGUUCAUGUCACCGAUCUGUCUGGCCGCGAAACCAUCUGCCGAGUCACAGGAGGCAUGAAAGUCAAGGCCGACCGUGACGAAUCUUCUCCCUACGCCGCCAUGUUGGCAGCUCAGGAUGUCGCACAACGCUGCAAGGAAUUGGGCAUCACCGCUCUGCACAUCAAGAUCCGUGCUACUGGUGGAAAUGGCACAAAGACCCCCGGUCCAGGUGCCCAGUCCGCUCUCCGUGCUUUGGCUCGCUCAGGAAUGAAGAUUGGAAGAAUCGAGGAUGUGACCCCCACGCCGUCUGACAGCACGAGACGCAAGGGUGGUCGCCGUGGUCGUCGUCUGUGA